AUGAAUCGGCGUGGCGUUGUCAUUAUUCUAAACCAGAUGCAGUUCGAUGAUGCGCCAUAUCGCGAAGGAAGUGACAAAGAUCGAGACGAUAUCGGGAAGUGUUUCUCGAAGUUGGGAUUCGAAGUGCGCAUUUACGAUGAUCCCACCCAGGACAAGGUGUUCGAAAUCCUGAAAGACGUGUCCGAGGAGGAUCACACCGAUAACGAUUGUCUGGUGGUGAUUGUGAUGACCCACGGUGAAAAAGGCACACUGAUGGCGGCCGAUACACAUGCUCCUUACCGUCCUCCGUACAAAGUGGCACGUUUAUGGGAACGGUUCGUGGGGAACGGUUGCCCGACGCUCCGAGGAAAGCCGAAAAUGUUCUUCAUUCAAGCUUGCCGCGGGACGCUAUUGGACCCGGGCGUGUGGGUUGCAGGACCCGUUCCACGGUCAACACGCGACGCAGCAGAAAAGAACGAAGUUUACGCCACAUCGACGGCGCCCGACCUACUGAUAGCAUACUCAACGUUCGAAGGACACUACUCGUUACGCAACCCCAAAGAUGGGUCCUGGUUCAUUCAGUCCCUUGCGAAAACCCUGGAUGAACAGGGUUCCGAAAAGGAUCUGCCAAACCUGCUCACCUGCGUGACGCGAAAUGUGGCCACCAACUACAUAUCCUUCGUGCCGGACGAUCCGGCCAAGGACAAUAAGAAACAGAUACCUUGCGUCGUGUCCACGCUCACCAAAGCCGUCUACUUCUCUCCCGAUGCGGACUCGUAA